UUUGGGACUUGGGAUUGAAUUGGAUUGGGAAUUCAAUAUUUGGGUUUGAUUAGUUUUUGACUCUUUUUCACAACUUUACCUUCUUCUUCUUCUUCUUCUCUUCUCUUCUUCUUCUUCUUCUCUUCUCUUCUUCUUCCUCUUUUGUGUGUUGUUUUAUUUUUCUGGUAUUUAUGUUAUGAAUGUCCUAUUCUUGUUCGUUUCUUUUUUGCGUUUCCUUUACUGUUUUUCCUUUCUGUGGUUUCCUCCAUUGCAAACCAAGCUUCCUUUCCAGCUUGCAGAGAGGUCCCUUUGUACUUGACGCUUUGCCUUACAAUACCCACCAACCAUUUUCAUCCACCUUUUCUUUUCUGACCCUUUAAAUCCUCUCCAAUUAUCUUAUUCAAUUCUCUCUCUUUCUCUCUCUCUCUCUCUCUCUUUCCCUUCUUCCCUUCUUAGUUCUUCAACCCCUUUCCUCUUUCUAAGGAUUAGAUUUUUGUUUUUGUCUGUGCUCUUCUCCUCUUCUAUUUUAUCAUUCUCAGAAUUUCUCUUUGGCCCACUAUCCCUACUUGUUAAUUACUCCUUUACUAUUAUAUCUUUUUGGGGCUUUGGAUUUGUUGGGGUUUGAGUUUAUUUCAGACAACAUUUUGGCCUAUCCCUCCAUGCCUUUUGGGUCUCCAUUGGCUAAACACGAUUCGCUUUGUUUCCCUUUCUGGGUUCCUGGAGGAAGGGGCAAAUCUGGGUCUAUCUUUGAUCACUACAUGAGGUCCUUAAUCCUUAUAUCAUACAUGAAUUUCCAGAUGGGAAUGUGUUGAAAAUUAAGAGGUUGAACUUGAAGUUUCCUGUGGCUUGGAAAUUUGGAACUUUAGUAUACAGUGGAUCAGAUAUGGCGUCUGGGAGUUCAUUGAAUGAUCAUUUAUCCAAGAAGACUUCAUUUUGGGGAUUGUCAUUAUGGGUUUUGAUCUGCAUUUGCAUUGGUGCAUUUAUAAUUUUGAUUCUUGGUUUGUUAUCUAUGUGGAUCCUGUUUAGAAAAAAAUCUAAAAGAUCUAUGGACAAAUUCCCUAAUUUUAUAAAAGAUAUCAGGAUAGAUCAGGUUGGGAUUCAAACUCCCAAUGACCACCCUGAACAUAGACUUCUUUCAGUUGAUGUCAAAAGAAAUGAUGAAAAUUCAGAAGUAAGGGCUGUAACAAAAUCAAGUGAACCUGAUAACAAUAGCCAAUGCAGCUCCACUUACCAACAUGAAAAAGCUGGCAAUUCACAAUCUGGGGAAGAAGGAAGCUCUGGAAAUGCUCGUAAGCAGGCUUCAAGGUCGUAUGGAGGAUUUGGAGGAGUUGUGCCACCGUCUCCUCUUGUUGGCUUGCCAGAAAUUUCACAUCUUGGGUGGGGCCACUGGUUCACUCUCAGGGAUCUAGAGCUUGCAACUAAUCGUUUUUCCACUGAAAAUAUUCUUGGAGAGGGAGGAUAUGGGGUUGUGUAUAAGGGCAGACUCAUUAAUGGCACUGAGGUUGCAGUGAAAAAACUUCUCAAUAAUCUGGGUCAGGCAGAGAAAGAAUUUAGAGUUGAAGUGGAAGCUAUUGGCCACGUUCGGCAUAAGAAUCUUGUCCGACUGCUGGGCUAUUGCAUAGAAGGAGUUCAUAGGAUGCUAGUAUAUGAAUAUGUGAACAAUGGAAAUCUAGAACAGUGGCUACAUGGAGCCAUGUGCCAACACGGCACACUUACUUGGGAGGCUCGCAUGAAGGUGCUUCUUGGCACUGCUAAAGCGCUUGCGUAUUUACAUGAAGCAAUCGAGCCAAAAGUUGUUCACAGAGACAUAAAAUCAAGCAACAUUUUGAUUGAUGAUGAGUUCAAUGCCAAAGUUUCUGAUUUUGGAUUGGCCAAACUCUUGGGCUCGGGAGAGAGUCACAUCACAACUAGAGUUAUGGGAACAUUUGGGUAUGUGGCGCCAGAAUAUGCAAAUACAGGCUUGUUGAAUGAAAAGAGUGACAUUUAUAGCUUCGGUGUUCUCUUGCUAGAAGCAAUUACAGGGAGGGAUCCUGUGGAUUAUGCACGUCCUUCUAAUGAGGUUAAUCUGGUUGAGUGGCUAAAGAUGAUGGUAGCAACAAGGAGAGCAGAGGAAGUUGUGGACAUGAACCUAGAGAUCAAGCCAACUACUCGUGCUUUAAAACGUGCCCUUCUUGUUGCUCUUAGGUGUAUUGAUCCUGAAUCAAUCAAGAGACCCAAAAUGAGUCAUGUUGUAAGAAUGCUUGAAGCCGAUGAAUUUCCACUCCACGAGGAUAGGAGGAGCCGAAAAAGCCGAUCAAUAAGCUUGGAGAUUGAGUCAAUGAAAGAAAUAUCAGGUUCAGACCAGACGGGUGGGCCGUCCGAGAGCCAUAAAUCAGAGACAAGCCAUGAAUAGAACUGACAAAAGCAUGAGCAUAGUAAAUUAUUGCACCUCCCAUGUUCAUGUCUAUAAAAAAAAAAGUUGUUUUUCUAGAGAGAAGUUUGAAUUGAUGGUGGUCUAGCAUCUGCUGUUUGCUCAUUUCAGGAGUACUCUUAGAGUUCAUGAAAUAGUGAUGAAAAGGAGAGAGGUCCAACAAAAGAGCCAUUUUCAUUUUCCUCACACAAGAACUAAAGGUCUGAGAGAGGCAGAGAGAUUUAGAGAGAAUGGGAGAGAGAUUGUACAGGCUUGUCUGAAGGACCACCGGACAUGGCUGAGCUGGUUUGGCUUUAAUUUACAUCAUUGUAAUUUCGUCUCUUGUUUUUCAACCUUUUUUUUCUCCUUUUUGAGCGUCUCUUUGAUUGCUGCUGUUCUGUGCAUGGCGACCAUAAUUCAAAUCCUAUUUAUUUCUUUUCUUUUUCACCAAUAGAGAAUGAGUUUCUGGUUGGUUCUGCAUUGACCAUUCCCA